GCAGGAGGUGUCGCGAGAGUUGGCUUCACGCCGCCUUGUGGGCACUGUAACUAUGGCGAGCCUGGGGAUCGAGGCUGAGCAGGAGCCGCUCUUAGGUGACCACACACCCGGAAGCAGAGAAGGGGAUAUUAUAGAAACUGAGGAGCAUUAUAAGAGCCGAUGGAGAUCUAUCAGGAUUCUGUAUCUGACUAUGUUUCUCAGCAGUGUCGGGUUUUCUAUUGUGAUAAUGUCAAUAUGGCCAUAUCUCCAAAAGAUUGAUGAGACAGCUGAUGCAAGUUUUUUGGGCUGGGUUAUUGCUUCGUUUAGUCUCGGCCAGAUGGUAGCUUCACCUAUAUUUGGUUUGUGGUCUAAUUAUAGACCAAGAAAAGAGCCUCUUAUUGUCUCCAUCUUCAUUUCGGUGGCAGCCAACUGCCUCUAUGCAUAUGUCCACCUCCCAGCUUCUCAUAAUAAAUACUACAUGUUGGUUGCUCGAGGAUUGGUGGGAUUUGGAGCAGGAAAUGUGGCAGUUGUUAGAUCGUAUAUUGCUGGUGCUACUUCCCUUCAGGAGAGAACAGGCUCCAUGGCAAACACAAGUGCGUCUCAAGCAUUGGGUUUUAUUCUAGGUCCAGUUUUUCAGACUUGUUUUGCACUCAUUGGAGAAAAGGGCGUGACGUGGGAUACUAUUAAGCUGCAGAUAAACAUGUACACUGCACCGGUUUUACUUGGCGCCUUCCUGGGAAUUUUAAAUAUUAUUCUGAUCCUUGCUAUAUUAAGAGAACAUCGUGUGGAUGACUCAGGACGACAAUGUAAAAGUAUUAAUUUUGAAGAAGCAAGUCCAGAUGAAGUUCAGGAUCCCCAAGGAAAUAUUGAUCAAGUUGCUGUUGCGUCCACCAAUGUUUUGUUUUUCGUGGUUCUAUUUAUCUUUGCCCUUUUUGAAACCAUCGUUACUCCAUUAACAAUGGAUAUGUAUGCCUGGACUCGAGAACAAGCUGUGUUAUAUGGUGGGAUAAUACUUGCUGCUCUUGGAGUUGAGGCAGUUAUUAUUUUCAUGGGGAUUAAAUUACUUUCCAAAAAGAUUGGCGAGCGUGCUAUUCUACUGGGAGGACUCAUCGUUGUGUGGGUUGGCUUCUUUAUCUUGUUACCUUGGGGAAAUCAGUUUCCCAAAAUACAGUGGCAAGAUUUACGUAAUAAUUCAAUCCCUAAUACCACAUUUGGGGAAAUUAUUAUUACUCUUUGGAAGUCUCCAAGAGACGAUCACAAUGGAGGACCAACUGGUUGCCCAAUUGAACAAGCCUGGUGCCUCUACACACCCAUGAUCCACCUGGCCCAGUUCCUCACGUCAGCUGUGCUGAUCGGAAUAGGCUAUCCAUCCUGCAAUGUUAUGUCCUAUACGUUAUAUUCAAAGAUUCUGGGACCCAAACCUCAGGGAGUGUAUAUGGGCUGGUUAACAGCUUCUGGAAGUGCAGCACGGAUUCUUGGACCCGUGUUCAUCAGCCAGGUGUACACUUCCUGGGGCCCACGCUGGGCGUUCAGCCUUGUGUGUGGACUUGUGGUGCUCACCAUCACACUGCUGGGAGUGGUUUACAGAAGACUCAUCGCCUUUUCUGUCAGGCGUGGAAGGAUCCCAGAGUAACCUAGCUGAGACUGUGAUGGAAAGUAUUGCUGUGUGGGGCUUCCUCUUCUGAGGCUCUGCUAGACAACUGCUGAGUCAGUUUCCAAAAGUCAGGCUGCAGAUAUCGUGUAUUUUGAAUAACAAGAACAUAUAUUGACUAUGUGUAAUUAGGAAUAGUAAGAUAAUAGAAAAACAUUCUAGAUCAUAAUUUCCUUAUCGCAAAAAGGAAAUAUUCUUCACAUAACAUCUUUUUUUGGGUUGCAUGAACUCUUCAGUGAAUGGACAAUAGUCUAUAAAUGUGAAGUUGUACUCAAUUCAAACUGCAGAGGCAUCAUUAAAAUAAUGAGAGAAUAUCAAUGCAGUGAGACCAUAAGGAGAGUUCUGUAUGAAUUCCCUAUAACAAAUGAAAUCAUAGAAAUUGUUUAUCUAAAUAGGUACUUUUAUUUGAAAGUACCUACUUUUUAUUUAUUAAAAAAAUGCACUUUCUAUUAUUACCAAUUACAAAUUACUUUCUAUUAUUUCUUUAUGAAAUAAAAAUCAUGACUCUUAAAUUUUCCACUUACCAUGCCUGCCAUCCUGCCUUACCUGCUGUAAGUCAUUGUUUUCAGUACACACCUUCUGUCUUAUUUUAAUUCAGGAUCUCACUAAGUAACACCUAAGUUAGUAGAUGAGUACAAAUAAUACUAAUAUUUCAGCAAUAAAGAGCAUUAAGAGAUCAAGAUGGAUUUCACUACCUUCAGUAGGGCUAGCUACUUUUUCUUUCAAGUGCUAAUACAUAAUUCACUUUAGAAACACAAGCCCAGGUAUUCACUUUAGAAACACAACCAGUAAUGGCAAAUGGUUUAUUAAAAUUAUUGGCAUUUUUCAACUCCCUUAAAUUCUGGAGAAAAACUAGCACUUUCGUUACUUACUCUUCCCAUCUCUCAGUAGUGGCAGGGAGGACACAAGUUUUCAACCUCUGUCUGCAUAGCUAUUCAGAACUGCAGAAUUUUACAUUUGGAUGGGCCGUGACAGCCCCAAUCUAGUCAUGCUAAUAAAUAUUUGAGGCAAAAUGGCUUCAAUCUAACAAUUUACUGACUUUACUUGAAGCUGGCUACGUCAUACUCUCUGUAAUACAUUUCUACCUCUAUGUAAGUUGAAUGCUGAUAAAAGGAACUAGUACAGAACUAUGUAUAUGGAUUAUCAGUAUUAUAAAAAAUUGCAAAAAUAUUUCUAAAUACUUUUCCGAGUUAUAAAUAUGUUCAAAUUUGAGUGUAAACACUAUAAUCUGCACUUUAUACUGUUUGCUGUACUCGUUUUUUUUUUUUUUUUGGCUUGAACAACAGAAAUUUUUGUCUCACAGUUCUGGAGCUUCUAAGUCCAGGAUCAAGGUGUUGGCCGCGUUG